AUGUCCCGUCAGACAGCGACCUCUACGGUUCGAGAAUGGUCAAACACGACAGCUGCCUCCAACCUUGACCCGGUCAGUAAUGAGCUCAGAGAGAUCUUCCAGGUCGUCGUGUUCUGCCUCAUGUCGGGGAUCACCAGUUUGUUUGGAACAGGAGCGAACAUUAUCAACAUUACAAUUUUCAUCCGACAAGGCUUUAAGGACAGUAUCAACGUCAGUUUGCUGGGACUGGCUGUAGCUGAUCUGGGAUGUGUGCUCACCAUGUUCUGGAUGAGUUUAGGCUUCUGUCCCCUGUUCCAACACGCUGAUCUUCCUGUUCAACCCCCUGGAUGUGAUCUAUGUCACUGGAG